CCCCGUUCCCAUAGCGACAAAGAAAUGAAAACAGCUUCUCCCGCUAGGACAGCGGAGAGAGCCAGGUCAUGGAACCCAUUUACGAUGUCCUCUACUAGCAACACAAUGAUGGCCCUAGAUGACUGUUUCCUCCGUAUUAUAGUGCCAGAAGAUAGUAAGUCAGAAAGCUACACAAGAAGCAGAGGCAGUAAUGAAUCUCCUAGGACCAGUAAGAGCACCAGAAGCAGCAGUAGUAGCAGAAUUAAUGAUUAUAGUAGGUGCAGUAGAGAAUGUGAAAGUGAAAGUUCUCAUGUUAACUAUUCUGAUGAUUUUCUCACUGACUAUUCUGAAUCAGCUGGCAAUAGCAAUUAUUUAGAACUGUCAGGAACCAAAGAGAAGAAACUACAGAAGAAGAAAAAUAGGAAAAAUGGUCAGCCAAAAGGAGGCAAGAAGUUGCCACCUAAGAAGAUGCGAUUUCAGAAUAUUUCAUUUUUAAGUACUCAGAAUAAUAUGAUUUCCCAGAAAAAAGAUGCUACGGCUCAACGUAUAUUAUCUGCAAGACUUCACAAAAUUAAAGAGCUGAAAAAUGAACUGUCUGACCUCCAGCAUAAACUAGAAGCAUCAAACUUAGAAAACCAGCUUCUGAAACAGCUUCAGUAUCGGCACUUGAAAGCAAUAGGUAAAUAUGAAAAUGCGGAGAAUAACUUGCCUGAUCUUAUAGCAAAACAUUAUAGUGAGGUAAGAUCUCUAAGGGGACUCCUUAGGAAGUCUCAGGAACAGGAACGAAAUACAUCCAGGAAGCUUAGAGAAGUUGAAGCAGAGCUGUUAAAGACUAAAGAUGCCUUGCAAGUAUUGCAGAAACUUUCAGAAGACAUGAAUCUUGCAGAGAGAGGGGAACUUACACAUAGAUUAUCAAUCCUUACAGAAAAAAUGGAAGCCAAUGAUAAGAGAAUACAGGGCUUAGAAAAACAACUGAAGUUGAACAGUAGCAUCUUUAGUCGUCAAUUGGCAGCUGAGAAUAGAAAGACUGUAGCAGCUCGGACAAUCACAAAGAACUUGCAAAUGGAAAUUAAGUCUCUUCAACAAAAAAUUAAGGAAAAGGAACGAGAAGUUGGUAUAAAAAAUAUCUAUGCAAAUCGGAUGCUUAAAAGUCUACAGGACAAAGCUGACCCAGUACCUCGCAAAAAAGGUGUUAGUUUAAGCAAAUCAGUACAAGUAAAUAAGCAGAAUUUUAAAUCAGCACAGGUUUCACAUCAUGAAAAUCAAGGAACAGUCAAGAGUGCAGCUCUAUGCCUAGAGGAGAAAAAAACAACUGAAGACAGAAAUCGAAAAGUAGAACCCUAUGAAGAUACAAAACAUAAGAUAGAAAUUGAACCAACCACGAAACCAUCAAAGCAAGAAACUUUUAAUAGAACAUGUAGAGAAUUUUUAAGUGAUGAAAUACAGCUCACGGAAGAAAAAACUCACUUUGAAUUUAUGGAAAGAAAGAAGAAAAAGAGAGAAGUGCAAGAAAGGAAAGCUGACUUACUGAAAGAAGAACUGGAGAAACUGAUGAAAGCAGGACAAACUCGACCUACAAAUGAUGUCCCAAUAAGGAAGAAUAAUCAGGAAAAAGUUGUAGCAGAAGAGAAUAAAAAGGAGGAAAGAAAAAGUAAACAACCAAGUGACAAAGGAGCAGCGGAUGAUAAAAGUGUAACUCCAACUCAAAAUAACAGAACACCCACUAGACUAAAAAAACAGUAUACAUUCACAGAAGCCACUGAAAACUUGCAUCAGGGGCUUCCUGCAUCAGGUCCAGUGUCCAACACAGGCAGCCUCCGCAAAAACAGACAAACAGGUCGGCACCAGAGUGAGACAGCUGAAUUGAAGGCAAGAAAUUCAUUUGGCAUAUAUGAGCCAUCAUUUGGUAAAGUUACCAAAACAAGGCAGAAAGAUGCAGAGGAUGGAAGCUAUGUUCGUACAACACUAAUAGAGAGGAAAAACUCUCUUAUGGAAGAACUCUUUGGACCAAGCUAUGUCUUAAACAACCAUUCAACCCCUAACACAAAAGGGCUUGAUAAAGAACAAACAAUUGUGGACAAUGAAAGGUUACAUAAUUAUACAAGUGAGAUUUCAAACACUGAUACUGGUCUGCAAUGUGGAGAUUCUAAACUUACACUAGGAAAGUCUAAACUAACAACUUCAUCCUCAGACAUAAAAUAGUUUUAAUAUUCAAUUGAUGUACAAAGUUAAAUUGUUUAUCUUUAAUCUUAAAAUAUGCAAUAUGUUUAACAUUUGUUGAAAAGCAGUGUGUUGCCUACCAGUUUUGUUUUUUUGCCUUCAUUAUUUGUAAGAUUUCAUUUAAAUCUUAUUAGAAUGUUUACCUGAACCAUUCUUCAGCAAUAAAACUGAAAUGGAAUACUCAGUUACAGGAGAG